GAGGCGUGCCGGACGAUGGCGACGAGGCUCGUCGACGCCGCGCUGCUCACCGACGCCAACGGGAUACUCUCCGGCAUCGUCACGGCCGAGGACGUAUCGGGUCGAGUGAUAGCUGAGGGUCUCAAGCCCGAGGAAACAAAUGCGGCCAAGGUGAUGACGCGGAAUCCUGUUUUUGUCGAGGCCAACUCAUCAGCCACCGAUGCACUGCAGAAGAUGGUCCAAGGCAAAUUUAGGCAUCUUCCGGUAGUGGAACAUGGUGAGGUCAUUGGCAUGUUGGACAUUACAAAAUUCCUCUAUGAUGCAAUUGCGAGAAUGGAGAAGGCAGCAGAACAAGGCAGUGCUAUAGCAGCUGCUAUAGAAGGGGUCGAACGGCAAUGGAAAUCGGAAUUUGCAGGUCCACACAAAUUCAUAGAAAAUCUUCGAGGCCAGAUGUUCAAGCCAUCCUUGUCAACUAUCAUAACUGAAAAUACAAGUGUUCCAUCGGUAUCUCCUUCAGACCCAGUAACUGCAGCUGCGAAAAAGAUGAGAGAAUACCGCGUCAACUCGGUGGUUGUCAUGGCAGGGAGCACGUUGCAAGGAAUUCUCACUUCCAAGGAUUUGGUUUGGCGGGUGGUGGCACGUAGUCUGUCCCCAGAGGUGACUCGCGUAGAAAAGGUCAUGAGUGCAUGUCCUGGUUGUGCUACGUGUGACACAUCAAUCCUCGAGGCUCUAAAAUCAAUGCAACAUGGAAGAUUUCGUCAUAUUCCUGUAGCAGACAAAAGAGGACAGAUCGUCGCAUGUUUGGAUGCACUUCAGUUAACCCACGCAGCCCUCUCCAUGGUUGAGGAAGCAUCUGGACCAAACAAUGUGGCAAAUACUAUGGUUGAGAAGUUUUGGGAUUCAGCUCUAGCCUUGCAUCCUGCAGAGGAACAUGAUUCGCAUAGUGAUGAAUCUCAUAAUGGUACAGUAGCAUCAGACGAAGCUGGAGGAAAGCUUAUACCCCCUCAUGUUGGCAAUGCAUUCUCUUACAAAAUUGAAGAUAGAGAAGGACGGAUGCAUAGAUUCAGUUGCGUUUCAGAAACCUUAGGUGCACUUGCGUCUGCUGUAACACACAGAUUGGGGAUGGAAAACGAGAAGGCACAUGUCAACCUUCUGUACAAUGACGAUGAAGGUGACAGAGUUCUUCUUGCUACCGACAGCGACCUCAUCGCAGCAGUUGAGCAUGCCAGAUCUGCUGGAUGGAAGGUUCUGAGACUGCACAUGGACGGCUCCAAGAACACCACUAAGACCACUAAGCCUUCUAGGGUUCCAAAGAAUCGAAGAGUGAGAACCUUCUUACUUUCACUUCCAUGA